UACAUGUUCACAGGCAAUAGAAAAUCGUGUGUACUUCUCAUUUCAGAAUACUUCUCAUGCAAACAAUUCCAGCAGUUAACCUCUUUUUACCGAUGACGAGGAGUAUAACCAGAACAGCAGUUGAACAUUGUAUCUGAAGGUUCAACUCACUUUGUUCUUAUUCGCGUUUUGCUUUUGCAGGACAUGGAUCUUCCCGUGCCAAACGCUCAGCCUGUUUCGGAUUAUUUUCGUCGCAUCCUGACAGAUAUCCUCGAAGAACUUGUAGAUAAGGUUCCUGGUAGAUACCCAUCCAAUACUGAAAUUGUCAAGCAGUCGUUGAGGGGUAUCUCCAAUUUGUACAAAAACGGACUCCGGUUUCCAAAUUCAAAUUUGCGUUCUGACUGGGAUGAUCCGGCCAACCGCUGUGCUUACGUGUUUCUUUACUUGAUGCACCAUUGCUAUCUCGUGUACGGCUCGCUUCAGUACUCGGAUGAGGUCUCAAGAAGUUGGCGCAACAGGAGCAGUUUGAAGGUUUGCAGCAUCGGAGGCGGGCCUGGGUCGGACCUGGUUGGCUUGACAACCUUCCUCCGUGUGCACCGCAUCUUCCCACCUUCCUUGGAAUGCCUUGUCUUGGAUCUGUUCCCCAACUGGAAAGACACUUGGGACACGAUAUACGCCCACCAAUUGGACUCCUUUACUGUAACUUACAGCAGUUGUGAUCUGGUCAAAGACAAAGGAAUCCACACCCGUGAUCUGCAGUUCAUCAAGCAGGCUGAUAUCAUCACACUGUCUAAAUCUUUCUCAGCAGUGUCUGCUUUCUACCGAGCCGACCGCGCCAAAGGCAUUUUCCUUCGGAAUGUUCUCCAGCACGCCAAACCAGGCUGCUUCGUUCUGUACAUCGACAAUGACUGCGGCGGUAGUACUCAGUUUGAGAGGGACUUCGCAUCCCGAACCGGUAUGGAUUUAGUAUUUGAAUUCCGCGGCACGCCCACUUUUCCAAAGGGGGCAUAUUCAUAUACCAUCCGAAAGUACCACAAUCUGUUCGACUUCAGUCCGAUGCGCUCUUGCGACGUGACUAUCCAGUUAUUCCGAAAGAAGGGAGCAGUUCAGUCUGGUCAAGCCGUCAGAAUCGAGAGCAAUUCAACCGGCCAAAUGAGAGCCAAUAGUUCCAUCAAGCAGGCUGCCGUUCCCCAAGGACCCCCCGUGGGGGUUAUCUUAAGUGCCUCUCGGAGUACACCCCACCACGAUGUGAUUCCCAGCUACAACACCUUCCCUGGGAUCUCCCACCACCCCAAGCGAACCAAUCCACGACCCAAGCGAAAAACUGCCACCACAAGUUGCUGCCCGCAGGCAUGCACAAUAUUGUAAGCCUCUCGAGUAGAGUAUUAAUCUGUAUUCAUUUUUUGAAUGAAAGUUUUCAUGGACUUGGUUCAUGCCUGUCGACCUUCUAAAUUUAUUUGGAGUCAAUAUAAUACGCUUUUAAUAGAAUUCAGAAAUUGUAAAAACGUAUACGUGGCUACAUCCAUUGUUUGUUGACACUUCAAUUAUUGAAAGUUAUGCACUUAUUGUACAGUGUAGGUGCAUUUCAUUUUGAAUAUAUACAUCUUCAUUAAUUAUUUAAUCUGAGUUUUUUUCUGAUUCAGGACU